CAAUCGCCAAAAAUAAGCGCCAAUUGCCACCAUUUUUAACGGUGUGCUCUAUUGGGUUAGGCAAUGACAGUCCUUAGUGGGCUUUUGUUACUCUAGAUUAGAGAAAACAGACAAAGAAAAAAGUGGUUUUCUAUUUGAAGAAUUAAAAAAUUCUAUAUCCCACUCCCACCCAGUAAUCUGAGGGCGGUUUCGUUCAUAUCUUCACUGAUUUUUAGAGUAUUUCCAAAUUUCCAUCCCCCCUUUUUGUACAUUCGGUGAUUCACUUGAUAAGCAUCACUACCCAGUUUGUUUAUUCAAGAUUGGGGCCGUGGGAAUGGGAGUGGCAAUGGCUGCCACUUCCCUUUCGAACCUGCCUUCGGCUGUCUUCCAUGGAAAUCUGCAGAGAAAUGAAUUUGGGUUUGUGGGUAUGGCGAGACAACCGUCGGUUUGCUCUGCCACUACCGCCACCGCCAAGUUUCGGAAAUCUAAUCUUAGAGGUUCGGUUGUGAGGUGCCAAUCAGCUCGAACCGAUGAACCUAAAACAAAAAGAAAUCUACUCGACAAUGCAAGCAAUCUCCUUACCAAUUUGUUGAGUGGUGGAAAUCUGGGAUCUAUGCCAAUAGCUGAAGGUGCAGUCUCGGAUUUGUUUGGUCGCCCACUCUUCUUUGCUCUGUAUGAUUGGUUCUUAGAGCAUGGAUCUGUCUAUAAACUCGCUUUUGGACCAAAAGCCUUUGUUGUUGUAUCAGAUCCCAUUGUGGCAAGAUAUGUUCUUAGAGAAAAUGCAUUUGGUUAUGACAAGGGAGUGCUUGCUGAUAUUCUAGAACCAAUAAUGGGUAAAGGACUAAUACCAGCUGACCUUGACACUUGGAAGCAGAGGAGACGAGUUAUUGCUCCAGGAUUCCAUGCCUUAUACUUGGAAGCUAUGACCAAAGUAUUCACUGAUUGUUCAGAACGAUCAAUGUUGAAAUUGGAGAAGCUUCUAGGAGAAGGUGAACGAGCGGAGGAUAAAACCAUUGAGUUGGAUAUGGAAGCAGAGUUUUCAAGUUUGGCUCUUGAUAUCAUUGGACUUGGUGUUUUCAACUAUGAUUUUGGUUCUGUAACCAAAGAAUCUCCAGUGAUUAAGGCUGUAUAUGGAACUCUUUUUGAAGCAGAGCAUAGAUCAACUUUCUAUAUCCCAUAUUGGAAAUUACCUUUAGCGAAGUGGAUAGUCCCGAGGCAGCGUAAAUUCCAUAGUGACCUUAAGGUUAUUAACAAGUGUCUUGAUGGCCUAAUACGAAAUGCAAGAGAAACCCGUGAGGAAGCCGAUGUCGAGAAAUUGCAGCAAAGGGACUACUUAAAUCUCAAGGAUGCCAGUCUUUUGCGUUUCUUAGUUGAUAUGCGGGGAGCUGAUGUUGAUGAUCGGCAGCUUAGGGACGAUCUGAUGACAAUGCUUAUUGCUGGUCAUGAGACAACUGCUGCUGUUCUUACAUGGGCUGUUUAUUUGCUUGCACAAAAUCCUUCAAAAAUGAAAAAGGCUCAGGCAGAGAUUGAUUUGGUUCUUGGCAAGGGGAGCCUAACUUUUGAAUCACUUAAAGCAUUGAAGUACAUCAGACUUAUUGUUGCAGAGACUCUUCGUUUGUUUCCCCAGCCACCAUUGCUGAUAAGACGAGCUCUCAAAUCGGAUACAUUACCAGGAGGAUACAAUGGUGACAAAAAUGGAUAUACAAUUCCUGCAGGGACUGACAUAUUCAUCUCUGUUUACAAUCUCCACAGAUCUCCAUACUUCUGGGAUAAUCCUCAAGAAUUUGAACCAGAGAGAUUUCAGGUAAAGAAACCAAGCGAGGGAAUUGAAGGAUGGGAUGGUUUUGACCCAUCUAGAAGCCCUGGAGCUCUAUACCCGAACGAGAUUGUAGCAGACUUUUCCUUCUUACCAUUUGGUGGAGGCCCUAGAAAAUGUGUGGGAGAUCAGUUUGCUCUAAUGGAGUCAACUAUAGCAUUGGCGAUGUUGCUGCAGAAGUUUGAUGUGGAACUAAAAGGAGGUCCAGAAUCUGUAGAACUUGUUACUGGGGCCACUAUUCACACCAAAAAUGGGUUGUGGUGCAAACUGAGAAGAAGAUCACAAGUAAAUUGAUAUGUAACAUUCUUGUCACCCCCCAAGAAUAUGGUACACUAUGAUACAUGAUAACAAUGCUUGGGGAAUAAUUUCUUUCUUCUGAUAAAAAGAGAAUUUAUUUAGUGGAAUGCCGGUUCACUAA